GGGGAUGGGGGAUACGUGCUAAGUGUCCCAACUACUUUUGUCCGGGAUUGUAGCUAUAUCAUAAUGUAAGUUAAUGUAUGCUCAAUAAACGAGUUUGUUGUUUUCAGGCCAAGUUGUCGGUGCAAGUUCUCGGAGAAGCGCCCCUUAUCCUAACUACACCUAACAUCUGGGUGAAUGCAACACAGUUGACUUCUAUCAGCAAUUCACUUUUCUCUCUCGGUGAUGUCGAAUUUCACAUGCCCACAAACCUUGAGAAGCAGCUCAACACUGUAUCUGAUGGGAAAGAAGGGAAGUGUUAUGGAACUAUGAUGACUGUUUAUAAAGAAAAUCCCUUCUUCAGUGACAUGCAUCACACCAAAGUUGGUAGCCUGAGCAUCAGUAACUGCUAUGGAGAAGAUAUAGAAGUGCGAAAUCUGAGCAGUAGUAUUGUCAUCUCAAUACCUCACGGAAAUCAUAAGGUCGAACAAUUUACGAAGGAAUACUUGUUACACUGGAACCAUGAAAAUAAUCAUGUUAUAAACCAAACAGAAAAGAGGAUAAACCAGGUGCUGCAGAUCCAUUUUAAACCACUGUCCACCUUGGCACCUGGAUUUGUUGUCAAACUCAUUCUUAGCAGCACUGCCAGUGCAGAUUCAUCCUCAGAGAAUCGCAUUGAGUACUCAGAGACGAGUUCAGGGACGGCCAUUGACUUCUACUUGAGCCAUGAACAGCUAACUAAUGCUUCAGGGUCAGUGAAUGUGAAAGUGCUAUUGGAAGACACGGCAUUUUACCGUAUUAAGUCGAUAAAGAAAGGCCCGAGCUUAAGCUACUCGUUGGGUGUCCACUGGAAGGGCUGUUUUUACUGGAACACAGAGAUCAAGGAUUGGUCAACUGAUGGAUGUGAAGUGAUGGACCAGAGCACAGAUGAAGUGCUUUUCUGCAGGUGCAACCAUCUAACAGCAUUCAGUGGUGCGUUUGUGUACCCACCCAACUCACUGACAAUCGAGGACCUUACAGACGCUGAUAAGUUAAAGAACAGUCCAGCGACAUUGGCUCUUGUCAUUAGCAUCGUGGCGCUCUAUUUGGUGCUGCUUGGCUUCUGUGUUCGGGCAGACAAGCAUGACAAGAAGAAGCUGGGAGCUGUUUACUUCAGUGAAAACGUAACUAGUGGCAUCUGUCAGAGGUUUCAAAUUACUGUACAGACUGGCCACUGGUUUGGAGCAGGAACAUCUGCUAAUGUUUUUCUUACACUCCAUGGCGACGACUGGAUGUCUGAUCCCAUUGAGUUGAAGUCGGCCAAAGGCAAACCUCUGUUCGAAAGAAGUUCCUGUGAUGUGUUUGUUCAUCGCGCAGAGUGGAAAUAUCCUUGUCGCGGCGUAGGAGGACAAACAGACCUUGAACGUUUACCUGGAAAGGGUCUUGGUAGUAUCUCGAAAAUCCACAUCUGGCACGACAACUCAGGGGAUCACCCAAGCUGGUUCCUGGAACACGUUAUUGUCAAAAAUGUGAACAAUGGUUCAAAAUGGUUUUUCAACUGCAACAGGUGGCUGGCUGUUGAUGAAGAAGACGGAAAGGUUGAAUGCGAGUUUAAGGAGACCUCAAAACAUUCCAGCAGUUUGAAAAUGCGCUUUUCCCAACACUUCUCAAAGGGCAUUCUGGACUAUCACCUGUGGUUUUCACUCUUUGGACGGCCGUCUUACAGCAGGUUCUCACGUGCACAGCGCUUGACCUGUAGUCUGUCCCUACUGCUCAGCUUUUUCUGUGUCAACAUAGCCUGGUACAGGCCGAAAACUGAGGUUCCAGAAGUGCUAGGAUUCAUUGACGUCACCUGGGAGAGCAUAUGGAUUGGUGUCCUGUGCAGCAUUGUAGCAUUACCUGUUAACCUGCUGUGGGUGUUUCUGUUCAGAUACAGCAGACGAUCAUUUCGUCAUCGUGUGAAAGUAUAUCCCAUGAUUUCUGAGCCGCAAACGGACACCACAGAGCUUGUAUCAUCUUCAGUUCUUGACCAGUCGCUGGAAACUGUACUCAUCUUGAAGAACAUCGGAGAAAGAAAGCGAUGGUUUGAAACUGUUUGGGAAUUGGAUGACGUGCGUUCAGAUACGUGUUCCUGUCGCUCAGUGGAAUCCCUUGAGAGUGAAUCAGAUAGCACAAGUCUGGGUUACAAUUCAGGCCAGGGUACUUUGAGCUCCGCUGAUCGUCCGCUGGCCAAGAGUCACGCGGCCCUAGUAGAGACCUGUGAAUUCCUUGCUGACGUGUCUCCAGGCAAGAAAAAGUCAUUGGAAUUCGAGAAGCGAAGCAUCUACAGCGUAUCUUUGUCAUCAACCGCGUCUGAAGGGAGCGGUGGUUAUCGGUCGCGCUUCUCGUUGCCGCAUGUCUGUGUGUACGUGGCCUGGGUCGGUUGUCUGCUGACCGCUGUCACUGCUGGCGUGUUCACGGUUUUGUAUGGAGUGAGUUUUGGCUGGGACCUGUCCAUUCGCUGGUUGCAGUCGUUAUUGUUCUCAUUCCUGGAGUCAUUUCUUGUCUCUCAGCCUAUCAUGGUUGUUGCUUUUAUCUUGUACAUGGCCUACAAGUCCAAAAGAAGAUUGGAAGACGAAGACGUGGAUGAAGGGUUUGAAGACUUGUCGUCUUCUGCUCUACACGACAUACACUAUGGUCACCUUAACCAAGGGUUUGAGGACGACACUGGCAGAGAGAAUGACCAUUUCAAUCCAGCACUGGCCCUUCGAAGAAGGCAGCGAUAUCUCAAGUUUUUGAAGCCGCCGUCAAAAUCCAAACUAUCUGAAGCUAGGAACAAGCGUGUACAGAGCAAAGCACUUUGGAACUACACGAUAGAGCUGAUGGUUUUCAUUCUGUUCUUUCUGGUCACGUGCUUGUUAGCAGCAAGCGUCAUGAGUCCGGAUGUGUAUCGUCUAAACCAGUCUAUCAAGAAGGCGUUUAUUAGGUCAGAGGACGCCUGGCGGACUGCCCCAAGAAGUGUUAAAGAUGCGUGGGACGAGAUUUCUGCCGCGCUGUACGAAAACAGCGCUUCAUCCUCGUACACACCACUCACGAUCUUAUUGCGCGACAGUCAGAGUCUCCUGUUUGGUCGAACAACCAUCACGCAGUACAGGACUGACGUGUUGAGGGUUUGUGAUGAGCAUUCCGGAAGUGGUAACCAGACAGCUUGUCACGCGCAAUGUCACGCUAGUGACGGUGCGUGGAUGAGCCUGAAACUUAAUCAAACGAGCGAGGAGUCUGCAAAACAACUGAAGGAGAUCACAGAUUCACAGUGGAUAAAUGAGUGUACACGUGAAAUAACUUUGGAGUUUGCAGUGUAUACACCGUUUUUACGUGCCAUUAGCGCUGCCACUCUGUCCAUAAAGGCGUCAUUUACUGGAAGACCGAGGUGCCACUUGGAAUUAAAAUCAUUCCCUGCGUUUUUCGCGUCAAGAGAACAAGGUUACUUCUUACGAGUCUGCAAGUUGUUGUUUGGUGUUCUCCUGUUAUAUCUUCUCCAACAUGAGUUCUUCCUGGCUUGGAAAAUGUCCAAAAAGUACUUCACGAGCGUUUGGCGACUAACACAGCUUUUAACAAUUGCCAUUUCAAGCCUGUGUGUGGUGGUGUACAUCCGCUGGUCAAUAUCCUUGUAUGCUCUGUUGCGAGAGGUGGAGACGACAAGCCAAUCACAAGUGUUCUAUUACGCUCAGUUGGUGUCUAUGAGUCAGGAUACUCUCCAAGCUUCGUAUUCCCUUCUGCUGUUUUUUCUCAUUAUCCGCUGUGUGUAUCUGUUGAGAUCAUUUCGAAGCAUGGCGCGCCUCGGUGAAUACCUGGCAUCUGUGUCGGGUCGUCUGCUUGCCUGCACGGUCUUGAUCGUUACGUUCAUGAUGGCUUUCGUUCAUACGGGACACUUGUUGUUUGGUCGCCUUCACUCGGCGUUCAAGUCAUUUGGCGAGACGUUCUUGCUGGUCAGCAGUUUCUUCCGCUUGGAAGGCGUGAAUCAUUACCAGGGCCCCAUGGUCGAGCAGCAUCCGGUGUUGGUUUUGUUUUAUUUCGGACUGUUCUUAGUAGGAUUCUACGUUUUUAUGAGGGGGACGACGGCUGCUGUUUUCAUGUGUGGAAUUCCACAUUCUAAGAAAAGACGAAGCAAGGUUCUAGCAGAUUUCGCGGAAGACUUCGUACGGAGCAAGUUACAGUCUCUGAGAGAGAAGACCCAGAGAAGAGAAAGACGAGAUUCCACAUCGGAGGAAGACGAAGAUGAGGAGGAAUAUGAAGACGAGGAGUUGGAAGCGUACGAGAACGACGCUCCUUUUCCUAUGGAGCACGUGCUGGAUGAAGUACAGGAUCAACUUGACGAGUUGUCAUUGCGAAUGGAUAACCUUAUGGGUUCGGAAUUGUUCAAUGACCGCUCCAACUCAGAUGACUUGGUGUCAUUCUCAGAAAGAGAAGAGGAUGUGGAAUACCUGUACCAAGCGGAGCCCACGUCACCAGUGAGUAGCACUGGGUACGACAGUGACCACAGUAACACCUCCGCUGCGAAAUGGCAACUCUCUAGUUCCAGUUCCCAGGACCUCUCUGACUACUAUAACAAAUACCAAUCGUACCCAGGCUUCUAUGACCCGUCAGGGUGGCCGCCGGGGCCUAGGCACCACGCUAGCACCAGGCCUGUUAAGUUUACUCUGGGUAGUUGCAGUUCUCUUGACAUGGCCGUGUAUCACAGUGAGAAACCUGGGAAACUUGAAGAUCCUUCGUGUUCAAGCUGUUACGAGAUGGAUAGGAACAACGGUCUUUUCACGGAUUACGGGGAGAAAGGUCUAACACCUAAGCGUCGAUCAGUUGGUUUGGGCGAAGACGAUUUGCGUUCUGGUGUCUUACGUGAUGGCGAGCUUCGUGGUGGCGUCUUGCGUGAUGGUGUCUGGCAUGUUGGCGAUAUGCGCGAUGGUACGGUGCGUGCAACUAUCGUACGUGACGGUACCUUACGUGACGUUUCCUUGCGUGAUGAAACGAGAGCAAGCUUUGUUAGUUCAUUGUCUUCAGAUGGAGUUUGCAGCCAGGAUCUUUCCUUCUGUUCUAGCCAUUCACUUCUUAAGUGCCCUGAUCCUGAGCCCAUCAGACCAAAGACUAUGUACGGCGCGGCGCGUACCCAUCCGCGACGGGGCCAAGAGGCGUCGGCACUACGCCCUAACACUACAAAUGGCGGAAGCUCCACAGAGACAGCAACUUGCAACACGCCAGAUCAGGAGUUGAGGAGGAAGACGAAGAAAUCACAUCUUCGCAGAACCAAAGGGCUCUUUCGAAGAUCUGUGGUAUACCCUGGCCACGAAGGUUUCGCUUUGGCAACUAGUCCUCCUCUUUCACACCGGAUGGCUCGUGGAAAAGACUCUGGGCUCAACGCAGUUGGCGGGUCACGCGCACAGCCUGCCUGGGACCUAGCCCCGUCAUCUUCGGAGCGAGGUUUGCUUCGGAGCCCAGACCCCCAUGCUAAACCGUCAACUUCAGAGCGAGGUCUUCUUAGGAGUACAGAUCCCCUUGUUCUGGAAGGUUCCAGGCCUAACUCGCGCACCUGGGACCUGGCUUUGUCAGCCUCUGAAGGAGACAUACUUACAUACCCAGAUCCCCACGUCCCAGAUGCACCCGUGAAAGGCCUCCUGGGUGAUAUAAUUAUGAAUAGAAGACUUGGAACUGACAUAAUUAAUGACGACUCGCCGGAAACUACCACGCCCGGUGACGAAUAUAGACUAGCUUAGUGACAAAAUACGCGUUGGGUCAAUGGAAAGGUUUUGCCCUUUAAUAAAUCGGUCCCUUUAUUGUGUGUAUCUAGAGCCCCCUUAACCUUUGCCCUUCUAUUUGCCCCUAAUUUUGCACUUCCAGUGGACAUUAAUUUUGUACCUCUAGUCGCCCUUACAAUAAUUAUUUACCUCUAAUCGACCUCGAACUGGUACGCCUUUAAAUUGUUUUCCUCUUGUCGCACCUUAAAUGUGUACCUUGUUUAAGGGUCUUUUUCGUCUUCCAGUAAGAGGGAGAUAUCAUCCCCUUGGGGUCUUGCAUCUUAUGUCAAUGUAUUCAUAUUGUAAGUAUAUAUUAGACGCUGUAUCACUCUGAAAUUAGAGAGUUAACUAACAAUUUGUACCAGGCACUUAGUAUUCCAUUUUCGUAUUUUUUAAUCCUAGUCGAUUUUUAACAUCGGUUUUUUUUAUAAAGAAUAUAUUGUUUUUUUAUCAAAAUGUAUAUGAAAAAAAAAUAUCUAUGUUAUCAUGUGACAAAUGAAUAAUAACCCUGUCUAUUUAUCAAAAAUGCUCGCGAUUAUUAUUAUUUUUGUACUAGAAAUAAUGAAAAUGAAAUUAAGCUUAUAAAAGUGUUCACUUAAAAAGAAUAUAAAUGAAAUAAAUGCGGAAUAUGACCCGACCUUCUAAAUGAAAUACGACAGUUCCAGUUUGGUGUUGAAUAGUAAUAAUAUAUUUAAAUGCUGUUUUAUGAAA